GACGCUUCACAUUGUGAUGAACAGCUAUUGAGAGUGCCUUACGCAAAGUUGAAGGUGAACGACGUGAAGAGAGUGAAGGAUGUUGAAUCCUCCUGGAUGCGCAUGAGAUAGACUAAGUAUGAUUUUCUCCUUUUCUCACAAAAGUGUCAGUCUCGUGCUGUCAGCGGCAUCUCCGGUACCUCGUAAAAAGACUGUGUGUUCCUUGAGACGAGAGAGGAGCACGGUAGAGCUGCAAAAAGGCAAGAGUUGUUUUUUUCGGUGCCACGACCAGCACCACGCAUAAUCUUUUAUGAUGGAUUAAGAUCUGGUGACAGAUGGUGCAUCAUGAGGUUUUGCCCAGCUUGUUGAGAGACAUCUGUUGCUAUAAUGUUGAGGUUUUCGAGGAGGAGACAAAAAGGUCUUCAAUGUUCUGUUCCGAGACACUUCAUUAUGCAACACUUUUCUGUUUUUGAAAAUUCUUUGCACGACAGAAUUUGUCAAAAAUAAUUUAGUCGAAAGGACUUUUCUUCUGAUGCAAAAUGGACACAGCCAGCUCGGGACGGAGUCACUUUCCCCCUUUUGCGCUUUGCGCAUCAUUUUCCUUUUUUUCUGAGGUAACAUUAUUUAGGGGUUAAGAUUGCAAAUGGAAAAGCUCGCCAGCACCUAGGUGGUUUAACAGCUAUUUCUUGUGUAAAUAAGCAUUUUUCAAACUACUUCAAGCAUUCAAUCCUCCUGCUUCUGCUUCAAACGAACUACCAGAGAGAGUAAAGCUCUUUGCAGCUUUUAGAUCAUCUUUUUAGUCGUUUCGUUUCUGAGUAGGAGCAUUAUUUUCAGACAAAAUGGCUGAAGGAGGCGAGCUUCCCGCUGGCCAGAAAUGGUACACUAUGGAGGAAGUGGCCAAGCACAACAAGGAAACCGAUGCUUGGGUUGUGGUGAAAGGAAACGUCGUCAACGUAUCCCACUUUCUCAACGUACACCCUGGAGGCAAGGACAUUCUCCUAGCGAACGCAGGCACCGACCCAACAGCGAUGUUCGAGACGAUUCACCCACCAGGCACAUUGGAGAAGCAUGGAGCUGAUAAGAUUAUUGGUACUGAAUUGAUGAUGUUUUUGUUUAUCUACUUCUUGCUACGAUUUUUUUACCUGCUUUAGUAGGGGGCUGGGUAUCUGAUUUUUUUACCUUUUUCUCCAGGCAAAAUCAAGGGAUGGGUACCACCAGUUGUGGAAGAGACGAAUGACGAGGCGAUUUGGAUGAGGAAUGAUGUUGGUGGCGGUCCGAUUUGGUUUUUGAAGCAAGUUAUCAGGUACUGCAGUUUCUUUGAUCCUGUAGUCGGUAAAUUUUGAUAUUUGAUGUCGUUCUUGGCUCAGGCUCUGACAACGAUGUAACAAGCACCUCCAGUGUUAAACUUUUUAUUCACUGAUCGAGUAUCUUAUAACCUGCAACGGCGCACUUCCAACAGCAGGCAUCUGUUUUUUUUAAGGACUGGACGAACUCGAUUGCUCAUCAGAAACCUCCAACUACAAUCCAUUCCACCCAGGUACAUCUGCGGCGUCGAUAAGGCAGAAGCCGAAUAUGGAAAGAAAUUGAUGGCUACCUAUGGGCCACGUGAAGUGCGUAUGGCGCCACCAUCGAAUUCGGAGGCGGAACGUAUCCGCGCCCGCGCGGCCGCAGUAGCAAAGCAGACUGGUGCGAAAGCACCGAGGGCAUAGAAUGAACAGCAGGUUCUGGAUAGUCGUAGUUAUAGUCGAAAAGUUCUGAGACUGAGAAUAAGUACAUAGGUGAGAAGGAAGGUCAACCAGAUCAGAUUUGAGGCCAACAAGCGAAGAUGAACAGCCGGAAUUGAAAUUGAUAGUUUUUGAUCAUAAAAAGUGAACCUAAGGGCGUCACAAGCACCCGCAACAGACAAAGAACACCUUUCUUGAUAAACUAGCGAGCUUGUGACCUCUACUGAUAAGCUAAACGAACGUUGAUUUGAUUUUGAGCACGAACAUCUUCCAGUCAAAUGAUCAGUAUGCAACUGAACGUAUUCGAGCUCACAACUACAUUUUGAUGCACAGGAGAGGUGGUUAUGGCAGGCAUAUAGUUAAAUAAAUGCAACGUAGGAGGACGAGGAGUUGACUUUGUGAUCAUUGUCAAAACAAAACCUUAGAAUAGAAGUACCAGGUGAUAAACGAAGAACGACCCGUCAUGGCAUCGCAAAUCAUGCCAGUAGGAAUGGAUGCCAACUUAGCGCUGAGAUGGAGUCGUGUUAAGGUGAAAAAUGACGGAGGUUAAUCAAUGAUGAAUUAGUCGUGUAGUACGACGUGGCUUAUUUUUAAUAUGAAGAUGGUUCUGCAGUAACUAACUAACUAAGAUCAUAGGCUGUUUACGUGGCCUGCGCCCAGCGGGUGUUUGUAGUGGCAGACAAUAGAUGCAGGUAUAUCAGGAGAAAUCCAGGAGCAGGAGGUUACAUUUCGUAAUGCUUAAACUCAAAAAAACAGUUGUCACUGAUAAUAGCCAACGAAAUAAUGGCACCAGGAGAAACAAAAACUCAUGAUUGAUUCAUACCGUGGAAAUGUUGUACUUGUAGUAGCAACAGCGGCAAAGAAACGAGGCAAAGGGAAUAAGACCUAUUUUGCGUGAAAACAAACAGAAUGCGUGUCGCGGAUAUGCCGCCGACAUGUGGGGACAUCAAUUGCUGAGCUGGCC